AUUCAGUAGUUCUUGAGACGGCAACUUAAAAACGGUUGACAAUGAAGUUGCUGGUAGUAAUCGCUUUGAUUAGCUUCGCUGCAAUUUCAAGUGCGCAAUUUAACACACAUCAAUGGAAUGGACGUUCUGGAAUAGUUCACCUGUUCGAAUGGAAAUGGGCUGACAUUGCAAGCGAAUGUGAAAACUUCCUUGCCCCAAAUGGCUAUGCUGGUGUUCAAAUCUCACCACCAAAUGAAAAUGCGAUUGUUUCUGGACGUCCAUGGUACGAACGCUACCAGCCAAUGUCAUACAAUCUCGUGACUCGUUCGGGUAAUCAAGCUGCAUUCGCUGACAUGACACGUCGUUGCAAUGCUGUCGGCAUUCGUAUUUAUGCUGAUGCUGUCAUCAAUCACAUGAGUGCAACAACUGGAACCGGUACAGGUGGAUCGUCAGGCAACUCAGGAACUUUACAAUUCCCAGCAGUUCCUUAUGGACCGAACGAUUUCAACCCAAGAUGUGACAUCAAUGAUUACAAUAACAUCAAUCAAGUUCGCAAUUGUUGGCUCGUUGGUUUGCCUGAUUUGGCACUUGGAAGUGCAUACGUUCGCGAUAAGAUUGUGGAAUUUAUGAAUAAUCUUAUUGAUUUGGGUGUUGCUGGUUUCCGUGUUGAUGCCGUCAAGCAUAUGUGGCCUGGCGAUUUGACAAACGUUUUCGGUCGUCUAAAGAAUUUGAACACAAACUAUGGCUUCGCAGCAAAUUCACGUCCAUUUAUCACACAAGAAGUAAUCGAUUUGGGUGGUGAAACAAUCAAAGCAACUGAAUACACUCACCUUGGAACUGUCACUGAGUUCCGCUACUCAGCUGAGAUCGGAAAAGCUUUCCGCGGUAGAAAUCAAUUGAGAUAUUUGAGAAACUUUGGAACUGAAUGGGGAUUUUUACCGUCCAACCGUGCUUUGACUUUCAUUGACAAUCACGAUAACCAAAGAGGUCAUGGUGGCGGUGGUGCUGAUGUUUUGACUUACAAAGAAGCUAAACAAUACAAAAUGGCAACAGCUUUCCAUCUUGCAUGGAAUUUUGGAAUUCCACGUGUCAUGAGUUCAUUCAGCUUCACGAAUCCUGAUGCUGGUCCACCAGCUGAUGGAAAUGGAAACUUAAGAUCGCCAACAUUCAAUGCUGAUGGUUCAUGCGGGAAUGGAUGGGUUUGCGAACAUCGAUGGAGACAAAUUUUUAACAUGAUUAAGUUCAGAAAUGAUGUGGGAACUGCUGCUAUGGGUAAUUGGUGGGACAAUGGAAGUAAUCAAAUUGCAUUUUCACGUGGAAAUCGUGGCUUUAUUGUCUUCAAUGGAGAUGGUUCAAAUCUCAAUCAGAACUUGGCAACAGGUUUAGCUGCCGGAACUUAUUGCGAUGUUGUAAGUGGGCAAAAAAGUGGAAGCACUUGCACUGGAACUAGAAUCACAGUUGGAAGUGACGGGCGUGCAACAUUCAGCAUUACAUCUGGUGCCACUGAUGGUUUCAUUGCUAUUCAUGUUAAUUCAAGAUUUUUGAGAGUCGUUAUGAAGCUGUUCGGAAUUAUUUUAUGUGCUUUGUUCACAGUGAACGCACAACAUAAUCCACAUUGGCUUACAAGUCGAAGCGUAAUGGUUCACUUAUUCGAAUGGAAAUGGGCUGAUAUUGCCAAUGAAUGUGAGAACUUUUUGGCUCCAAAUGGUUAUGCUGGUGUUCAAGUAUCGCCAGUGUUUGAAAACUCUGUGAUUGGAGACCGUCCUUGGUGGGAACGUUAUCAGCCAGUCUCAUAUAAAGUCAUAACGAGGUCAGGAAAUGAAGCUGCGUUUGUCGACAUGACAAGAAGAUGCAAUGCAGUUGGAGUUCGUAUUUACGUUGAUAUACUCCUGAACCACAUGUCAGCGACAACUGGAGUUGGAACAGCGGGAUCUACUGCAAACGCACAAACGAGAGACUAUCCUGCCGUUCCAUUUUCAUCAGCAGAUUUCCACGCGCCUUGUGAAAUUGAUUGGGGAAGUGCAGACAUCAUCGACAAUGGAGGUGAAUCAAUUAAUGGAAAUGAAUAUUUUUCACUUGGAACAAUCACAGAGUUUCGAUACUCAAACGAUAUGUCGAGAUCAUUCCGAGGUCAAAGUGCGUUAAGAUGGUUGAACAAUAUCGGAGAAGGUUGGGGUUAUCAUCCAAGUUCAUUUGUAUUAACAUUCAUUGACAAUCAUGAUAAUCAAAGAGGUGGCGCAUUGUCAUAUAAAGAUGGUCGUUUAUAUAAAAUGGCAACAGCUUUUCAUCUUGCCUGGAACUAUGGAAUUCCAAGAAUUAUGAGUUCAUUUGAAUUCGUUGGACAUGACCAAGGUCCACCUCAAGAUGCCAAUGGCAAUCUUCGUUCGCCAACAUUCAAUGCUGAUGGUUCGUGUGGGGGUGGAUGGGUUUGUGAACAUCGUUGGAGGGAAAUUGCUAACAUGGUUGGCUUUCGUAAUGCUGUUCGUGGUACUUCAGUGACAAAUUGGUGGGAUAAUCAAGAUAACAUGAUUGCAUUUUCAAGGGGAAAUCGUGGAUUCAUUGCUCUCAAUGGACAAUUCGGACAGAACAUGAAUGUGAGACUUCAAACUGGUCUUCCAGCUGGAACUUAUUGUGAUGUCAUUUCUGCACCACCAGACUUUUUUGAGCAAUUUUUAAGAAUUUUAGGACCACCUGCAAUCGAGUCUAGUGAAUCUGAUGACUCUGAUGGAUUCUUCACAUGGCUUUUCUCACCAUCUUCAAUUGUCAAUGCUGAUUCUGUUGAUGAAAAAGACGAAAACGAACCACAAGAGGUUCCCCAAUUUAUAUUUUUCCAACAACCUAUAGAAAUUGUUCCACAAAAUGUUCAAACAAUGAACGGCGUAAUUCCAGAUGGCAAUUUAUAUGAAAACGUAAUGACGACCUGUUAUGAUGCCGAUCACAAAGAUGAGAGCGAAUUGGUUGAAUUGAAAGUUGAUGAUGAUUCAAAUGAUCAGACAAAUGUUUCGAAAGAAAUUGAUGACUUUGUCCAUUCCGAAGAAUUGAUGGAUAUUUUAAGUAAAUUCUUUGGUUUGCCUCAAAUGAAGCAAGAAGAAGAAGUUGACGAUCUGGAAGGAGAAUGUCGUGAAGAUGAAGCACCACAUGAAGUUGAAAAUGAAGAAGCUGCAGAUUUAACUGCUGUGAUGAAUCAAAUUCUUACAAUUGCAAAGGCUUUAUCUGACAUCACACAAAAAUCAGAAAGUGCUUUAACUAACGAAAAUGUGGUGACACAAGAUGCUUCGAUGGAAAGAAAUAUUGAAGAAAACGAUGACUCAAUUGAUAUCAUUUCAAAACUCUUUAAUUAUGACUUAUCAAAUACAGAUGGCAAACAAAUUGAAAGGAAUGAAAAUAUCGAACCUUCAAAUGAAUUAAAUGAACUCUCAAAUGAUUCAGAUGAAAAUGAUGAGUCAGUUGAAGAAGAUGAAGGAAUAUCUUUAACAAGUGAUGAUAAGCAUUUGACAUUGGUGAAGGAAACUGGAGAUUCAGGUGAAACUUAUAAAGCUCACAUUAACAUAAAUGGAGCAGGCGAAGGGAUUAUCGUGUCAUCAGUUGAAGACUCAGAUCAUAAAGAAAAAGAAAUCUUUGAAGAUAAUAAGAAUGAAGAUGAAGAUGAUGAUGAUGAUGAUGAAGGAGUUAUCGAUGAUGAAGAAGAUGAAGACAUUGAAGAAAUUUUGGAAUCAAACGACAACGGAAGAAUUUCACUUACAAAGAACGAUGAAAAUUUGCUUCUUCUCAGUGAAUUGGAUGAGUUAAAUAAAAGUUAUAAAGCUCAAAUUGAUAUCAAUGGAUCUGGAGAUAAGAUUGUUGUGACCCCUGAUGAUGCAACUGUUAAGAAUGAACAAAGUGAAGAAUAUGAAGACGAUAUUCUUAAAUUUGUAGCAAACAAUGACGAAAAUGAUGAUGCUGAUGAUCCUUCUCCCGAAAAAGAAGCCAACGAAUUCGAAAAACUCUUUAAAAUUCAUCAAAUUAAGGAAAACGAAGUUUUCAAUGAAGACGAUGAUUUUGAAGAUGAACAGAAAAUUGAUGACAUUGAAGAAGCUGUGAAUGACGAUGAAGACGACGAAAUGAAUGAGAAUGCAAUUGACAACACAUCAAACAGUUUCAUGAAAUUGAAAUCGAAUGCUCCAUCUGAAUCUGUGACUGACGAGAAGGAAAUUGAAGCUGAGAUGGUUGAAGAACGUAAACCUGCUAAGGAUUACACUCCCGACAUAAUUUCUGGUGGACUUCUAUUGAAGUUAAAAAAUAUUUUCAAGUUUGUUCAACAGCAAUUUGAUUUAUAAAAUAUCGAAGAAAGCAUGUUCAAGACUUUCUACAAUCUGUCGGCUUCUAACGAAAAAUUCAUUUUAAAACAUUUGCAAUGAAAUUGUUAUUUUUUUUAAAUAAAAUAAAUUCUGGUUUUGCAUCAACAUA